CUCAACUCUAAUCUAACAUGGCGGCCCGCAUACAGCAGUCUCCUCAGCCUGGUGGCGGGAAGCGUAAAGGCAAGGCUCAGUAUGUGCAGGCCAAGCGGGCUCGGCUCUGGGGUGGCGGUGGGCUCCGCCAGCUGGAGCCCGGGCUACAGGGCAUUCUUAUCACCUGUAACAUGAACGAGCGCAAGUGCGUGGAGGAGGCCUAUAGCCUGCUCAGCGAAUACGGCGACGACAUGUAUGGACCAGAAAAGUUUGCAGAUAAGGAUCAACAACCCUCUGGAAGUGAGGGAGAAGAUGAUGAUGUGGAAGCUGCCUUGAAGAAAGAAGUUGGUGACAUUAAGGCAUCCACAGAGAUGAGGCUAAGAAGAUUCCAGUCAGUGGAGAGUGGAGCGAAUAAUGUAGUCUUCAUCAGGACACUUGGGAUAGAACCUGAGAAAUUGGUGCAUCAUAUUCUCCAAGAUAUAUACCAAGAAGAAGACGACUCGGGUUAUUCUACGAAUGUUGCCCAUCUCAGGCACAUGCAAGGCUUUCUUAGAAGAUAUGAAAAAAUAUGCAGAAACAUUUUUGGAACCAUGGUUUAAAGCUCCAAACAAAGGAACAUUUCAGAUUGUAUACAAAUCUUGGAAUAACAGCCAUAUGAAUAGAGAAGAAGUUAUCAAAGAAUUGGCAGGAAUAGUAGGCAGCCUCAAUUCGGAAAAUAAAGUGGAUCUUACCAAUCCAUAGUACACAGUGGUAGUAGAAAUCAUUAAAGCUGUUUGUUGCCUGAGUGUUGUGAAAGAUUACAUGUU